GCACAAAACAGGUUAUGUAAUAGUAUUUUGCUUACAUAACCUAGUUUUUAUCUCAAUUCUGUGAAUCUCAUUUGCUCAAUAAAAUAAUUAUAACAAUAGCUAAUAAUCAAUUUACGUAUUAUAAUAGGUAAUGUGUUAACAAAAGUGUUUUAUAAAUAAAAUCGAGCCUAAAAUCAAAAUGCAUUACGUAGUCAAAUUAUUUUAAUUGGUAAGAUUCUAGUACAUUUAAUCAAAUAAUCAAACAAGUGGUAUGUACAUCAUUGUUAGAUAAAAUUUUAUUGAGUAAAUCAUAAAUUUAAAUAGGUUAAGUAAUAAUUAGUAAUUAAUCAACUUAAUUAUGUGAAACCUUUGUCAGUUCCUACAAAAAAUCUAUUGGACAAGAUUUUUUAAAAAUACUCGUAAUAUUAGGUAUGACGGACAGUGAAAAAUUGAAUAUUUUCCAAAAAUUUACUUAUACAGUGGUGAAGUACACUGAGUUGUUUUUUUACAAAUUGGGAUUAAAAGUGGGCACAAAUCCCAAACGGACAAUCCUCUUAUGUUGGAUUUUCGUAAUUAUCAGUUCACUGGGUUUUCUUAGAUUCCGACAAGAAAAAAAUCCGCUUAAGUUAUGGGUACCGCCCUAUACAACUUUCAUAAGAGACUCAGAGUGGUUGAUGUCGACUGUGGAAAGGGGUUUUAGAGUGCAAAGCCUCAUUAUAACUGGUGAUGAUGUCCUUACUCCUGAAGUAUUCAAAAAUUUGUUGGAAGUGCAUGAACAAGUUAGGAGCUCCAUAACUGCAGAUCAUGUGACAUGGAAUGAUGUUUGUUUUAAGAUUCCCAAGGUGGACAAACAAUUAAUUAAAUUAUUUGAAAAUGUAAAUAAAACACAAAGUACCAAAGAAAAAGAGUUUGAUCCUAGUGUAGAGCUAAACCCAGGUUUAUACUGCAGCUUCAUUGAAGUAAUGAAAGAUGAAUGCUUCGAAAGAAGCAUAUUGGAGCUAUGGGAUUUUGAUAGGAGCAAAAUUGAAUCUUUAACAAAAAGUGAUAUUUUAAAUGUGAUAAACAACUAUAAUGUUGAUUCAAUCAUGGGUAGAAUGAAGAAUUAUAGGGAAUUAUUAGGUAAUAUACAAUAUGAAAAUGGUACUAUAGUAAAAGCAGGAGCCAUCACCAACACAUGGUGGGUGAAUAUUAAUUUCUCUACUGUGGAUAUGGAUAAAGUUGGCAACAUGGCGGGGACAGCUGAUUGGGCGUCUGAAGAAUCGCUGAGUUGGGAACUAAAAUUUCUUGAAAUAAUGGAAAAUGCUUCAAAAUUUAUUAAAAAUAAUUACUACUAUGAAGCUGGAAGAAGUUUUGGCGAUAUAAGUAACUCCACCAUGUUUCAAGAUAUACACAAACUUAUUCUUGGUGUUUUUAUAAUGGUAGUAUAUGUCCAGUUGGUAAUUUCAAAAUUUAAUUACGUUGAAGCCCGGGUUAUUUUAGGAUUUUUGGGCCUAUUAACCAUAGGAAUGUCGUUUAUAGUUGGAUGUGGACUAUGCUCUCUAUUUGGUGUGUUUUAUGGUCCUGUCCACACAUCUUUACCAUUUCUUCUAAUGGGGUUAGGUGUCGACGAUAUGUUUGUUAUAUUAGCCUGUUGGAACGAAAUGGACGAAAAGACCAGGCAUCUAACGAUACCUGAACGUAUUGGUAUCAUGUUGAAACACGCUGGUGUUUCUAUAACGGUCACAUCUAUAACAGAUGUGGUGGCAUUCAUCAUCGGUUCAUCAACUAUACUACCGUGUCUGCAAUCUUUUUGCAUAUACGCGGGUUUCUCAGUACUUAUGAUUUAUGUAUUUUCGAUGACUUUCUUCACUGCCUGUUUAGUAUUAGAUCAGGAAAGGAUAGAUGCAGGGAAAAAUAUUAUUUGUGUUCAACAAAAAAAGUUUGUUCCCAAUCAGUGCAGCCAAAUUAACUACACAAACAAAGUUUUUAAGGCUGUGUACUCUAAAGUAAUCUUCACCUUACCUGGCAAGCUAGUAGUAAUACUUAUAACAAUAAUCUGCCUAGGAUUUAGCAUCGAAAGUUCCUUUAAACUGGAAAAACAUUUCGACCCAAACUGGUUUGUUCCAGAGGAAACUCAUCUAGCCAAAUAUAUCGAAGUGAAAAGACAAUUCUACCCUUCCUAUGGGUUUAACGCAGGGUUGUAUUUAGGAUCCAUUAACUACACCCACGAAAUUAAUAACAUAAAAAGAAUGGUGGAUGAUUUGGAAGCCAUGACCAAUAUUACCACCAAUGUUAUAUCGUGGGUCGACCCGUUUAGGGAUUUUGUAUUUGAUAACUAUCAUCAUGACAUUUACAAUGAAUCUCUAGAUGAAGAUAGGUUUAAUAUCUUCCUAUCAAAAUUCCUAUUCAGCCCUAGAACCGCUUUAUAUCAAGCCAAUUUCCAGUUCGAGAGAAAACUCGAAUGUGGAGUUCCAGCUCCUACAAUCCAGAUGUCUAGUAUCGAGUUUAACUUCAAACAUUUCACGCACCCACGCGAAUUCAUCCCUGUGAUGCACCAAGUGAGAAAUAUACCGAACACAUCCAAUUUCACUACAGGCGAUAAAUUUUCCACUGUUUGGUCUAAGAUUUUUGCCACGUGGAUUACAGAUGAGGUAAUUGAUAUAGAAGUAAUAAGAAAUCUCCAACUAGCCUUGGCUUGCGUUAUGGGAUGCACCAUCCUCCUAAUAGCAGACUGGCAGGUCUGCUUCUGGAUAUUCGUGUGCGUUUUGAUCACCAUGGUUAACGUGUGUGGUUUUAUGCAAAGGUGGGGCUUAACCAUAGACCUAGUCUCUUGCAUUGGCCUAGAGUUAGCCAUUGGUUUAUGCGUUGAUUAUGCCGCCCAUAUAGGUCAUACCUUUUUGACCGUACGCAGUGGUUCAAGAACAGAAAGAGCGCUGGAGACUGUGAGCACCAUCGGUUCCGCUGUUUUGUAUGGCGGGUUGUCUACGUUGAUUGGAGUUUUUAUGUUGAGUCAGUCCGAUGCUUAUACUUUUAGAGCGUUCUUCAAGAUUUUUUUUUUGGUAAUUUUAUUUGGACUCUUUCAUGGGGUUGUUUUACUGCCUGUCAUAUUAAGCUGGAUUGGCAGUAAACCUUACAGAAGGCACAAUUUGAUACCUCAGAUGGAAACAGAAAUGACCUAAUUUUUGACUAA